AUGGCGGUGAGAUCGCGAGUCCGGCUGCUCGUCUUUCAGGCCGUUGUUUCGGUCGUGCUCGCAAGCGUGGCUGACCAAGACAACAGUACGUCUGCGACUGCUCACGGCCAUGGCACAGCUGCCGCGCAGUGCCCCGCCCUAGGAAACGCUCGGUACUCUUCGGAAGAGGCCUUUAGGCAGGGAGACUGGCGGUACCUGUUUCCUCGAUCCGACGUCAGGUCCCUACCGACACGCCGGCGAGUUUCCGACACGCACCCGGACGUAUGCCGAGUUCUGGCACGCGCCGCCCAGGGUAAAGACAUGCUGAACAGCGUCAAGGCUGCGAUGCUCCAGAGGCAAAAGAAAGAGGAAGGUUGGAUCGCCUACGUGUACGAAUGCUUAGGAGACAAGAGUAUGUCGACCAACUUAACGCAGUCUUACAGCUCUUAUCCCAUGGUGAGGCUUCUUCUGCACAACGACUUCUUCUGGCCGUGGAUGUGCAAGUACUGGAAGGAUCGCCAGGGGGCGUGGGGCCAUCUGCCUGCACCCCUGCCCGAGACCCUGACCCACUUCGUCGCCUACUACCUGCAAGCUGCGAGCAAGAAGAUCAAAGACGACCGGUCCGGCGAGGACGCGUUCAUGAUCUUCUCUUCGAUGCACCGCGCGCUCGGCAACCUGCCGGGGGUCGACACCGUCGCGGAGGUCGAAGUCGCCGAUCGGUCUUUGCCCGAACUUGAACUGGACCAGCUGAAGCUGUCGGCUACCGACGCCGCAGCUCUGGCCCUGCUGUUUCCCUACAUGCCGCGCCUGAGGAAACUACGGCUCACCUACAGUAUGGCAUCAGCCGAAGCCUCUGGGAAGGUCAUCGACCGACUGGACGAACUGGGCAGCCUCCAGGAGCUGUAUCUUAACGGCAACGUCAUCGGAGAUGCUGGCAUUGGCAAGCUGAUGGACAAACUCUCUUCGCUCAAGGACUUGGAGAAGCUACACCUUAAAAGCACUUCUCUCACACCGGUGGGUGGAGCCACGAUAGCCGAGAAGGUAGGUGCGCUGACAGGGCUGAAGGAUAUGGCUCUGAGCAACAACGAGCUCGCUGAGAGCCUGUCGUCCAUGGGAGAAGCUUUUGCUCGGAUGCCGAACUUGGAGAUCGUCAUCAUAUCCCCCGCGACGUGUUCAGAGGCUGCACUUCCUACCGUGGAGCGACAGAUGAGAGAGAUGAUGCACAAGCACAAGUCCAGGGUGACGCCCGUGAAAUCGAAGGGGAAAUCGUUUGAGAUGUAUGACGGCGGGAAGUCCAAGGAAUCCCAGGUUACUAAGUGGGAGGCGGUGAAGGAGCUGCUUAGCUCUGAUCGUAACCGCACUGGUGUGUGGAUAACUAUCGAAAAGAUUAUACUGUGGGUGUGGAUUAAGACUGUGUAGGAUGCAAGGUUUUGGGAAGUAUUGUGUUUGGUGGCUGAGCGAUAUGGGUUUGUGUAUCUGUUUGUCCGGAUAGAGUAGGUUAACAGCAAGUGGGUGAGGAAAGAUUGACAGGCAGAAUGACAUGU